GGGGGUACUUUGCUAUUGUUUUUUGCCUAGCGGGUGAUUUUUGGGAGAUUUUAUUCCUCGACUUUUUGUGGGGAUACCAUCUUGGUUUGGGCAACUUUUAACAUUUCUAUAUUAUCCCCUUUUUGUUUGCUUUUUUUUGGUUUCUGCAUACACAAUCAUCACCGUAUCGAAACUGAUGACCGAACCCACGCUGGGUAUUGCUCCCCAAGCACACCAUCCACCACAGCAAACCCAGGCACAACAGCAUCAAUCCCAACAGCAGCAGAGCUCCUCUUCUUCUCCCUUUCCUGUCACGCCGGCAGCUGCUCCGGCAGCCGGACCGGUCCCUUCCCGCGCGUCUAGCGCUAGCACGUCGCCUACGUCGGGGUCACACUCGAACGGUAUGAUGAAUAUUGGACUUGCGAACGGUGGAGACUCUGCGAGUCAGAGCUCGGAUAGUUUGGCCAAUUCUCGUGAAAUGUUGCACGUAUACAUACAGGAUUAUCUAGUAAAGAAUGGAUAUAAGGACACUGCCCAACGAUUUGCCAUGGAAGCGCAAAACGACUUUCCAUCAAAUCGGUCUGUUCCAAUUGACACCCCUCAAGGAUUCUUGGUAGAAUGGUGGACUGUUUUCUGGGAUAUUUUUGCGGCCCAGCAUCCAUCUUCGCGAGAUGGAGAUAAGCUAAAGACAGUUCCUUCGGACGAGGCUAGAAUUUUUGCGCAGGCACAGAGAGAAAGAAGUGAUCCACAGUAUGCUCAGCGCAUGGCUAUCAUGCGACAAGAGCUUGCACGCCAGCAACAAGCUGCUACUGCUCAUCAAGAAAGUCAACAAGGAGCACCACUGAACGGCAUCAAUACCAGUUUAGAUACUGCCCGAUCUCAAGCGGCCAAUGCAGUUUCACCUCCCUCGGUUAAUCCACUCAACCCUCAUAGUAGUCCUGCGCCACCUGCCUCGGAUGUAUCCCAACAAUCACAAAUCCCCGGACCAUCUCCUCGGAUGCCUCCUCAUCCGUCCCCGUCCAUUACAAUACCACCAGGUUCUGGACGAAUUCCUCCAACCCAAGCCUUUGCAGCACCGCAAACGUCACCACAGCAGGCCUUCAUUCACAUUGCGAAACAAGUAUUCCCAGGCCGCGACUUGAACACCUUGACAAAGCCUGAGCAAGAACAGGUUCACAGCAUCAUCCGGCAACGGUUUCACCGUCAACAGCAGGCGGUCCAACAACAACAGCAACAACAGCAGCAUGCAUUGAUGAUGCAGCAGCAUCAACAGCAGCAGCAGCAGCAGCAACAACAACAGCACCACCAACAACAAUUGCUCCGGCAGCAACAACUCCAACAGCAGCGGGCUGCUAACGGUAUGAAUCCGGUAUUACCCGAUGGCGAUGUAUCUCAACAAGCGCCACAUCAAGGUGUCACAGAUCUUAGUGGCAUCACACCUAUGGCAAAGCGUGCUCGUCAUAAUAGCUACAGUCCUGUCGUAGGUCCAGGACAGAUUCCCCAGCAGGGCCUUCCGGCUCAAAGCCCCAAUAUCCCCCCUUCGCAGACGCAAGCAGGGAUGCAGCAAAGUCCUGUCGUUCAGAACGGUAUGAUGAAUCCGCAGAUUCAACAAGCCGCGUAUGCGCAAAUGUUGGCAGCGCGAGGCGAUGUUCCAUUAACGCCUCAGCAGCAGCAGCAGUUGCAUAUGCAACGUCGCAUGAGUGCGAUGCAAGGAAUGGCGCAGCCUGGAAUGGGAGCUCAACUUUCACAAUUGAGUCCACAUGGCAUGGGGAUGAAUCCUGCGGCCAUGAGACAUCCAGAAGGAUUACAGAAUGGGCAAUCUGCUGAGGCCAUUAUGCAGCAGAAUCAAGCCAAGCAGCAACAACAGCUUAUGCUCCAGCAACAGCAACGGAUCAACCAGUAUCAUCAGGCGGCUGCUCAAUCCAUUGUACAACGAAGUCCCCAAGUCGCCCAAGGACAAAUACCUCCGACUACUGCGGGUUUGAAGCGGAAAGCCAGUGAUAUGGCACAGGAAAGCCCGAUGCCGCAUGGACAAGGCAUGGUCACACCCACGUCCGCGCAGCAAGCGCAACUACAGGAGCGAAUGAUGCAACUUCAGCAUGCACAAGCCGCGGCUGCCAGUAUGGGAAUGAACGUACCGCAAAUGGGCGUCCACCCAAAUGGUAUGAUUCCGGGCCAGAUGCCACAAGACCCGCGAACGGCGCAGGCGUUGCGACAACAGCAAGCGCAAAUGAUGCAAAUGCAGCGAUUGCGCAUGGCACAGGAGCAACAGCAGCAGCAAGCUCAAGCACGAGCGGCGCAAGCUCAUCAAGUGCAAGCACACGCUCUUGCUCAACAAGCACAAAUGCAGCAAGCUCUUGCUCAAGCUCAACAAGCUCAACAGGCCCAACAAGCACAGCAGCAGGCGCUAGUGCAGCAAGCACAGCAGGCUCAAGCUCAGGCACAAGCUCAGGCACAGGCCCAAGCGCAGGCACAAGCUCAAUCCCAGCAACAAGGUCAAGGUCAACCUGCUCCUCAAGGACAGGUUCAAGGAGCUGCCAAUGCUGGCUACCGGACUCCAACUUCGCGUCCUGGACCUGGUAUGGUUCAACAGCAUGCAAAGAUGGCAACACCAGGCGUUCCCACAUCAGUUACAGAUGGCGCAAUGUCUGGUCCCCCUGCAAAGCCGCCGACUCCGGCCCCAGUACCAGGAUCAGCUGCACCGACGGCCCAAAAGUUUGCAGUCCCACAAAGCAUGAUGCCCUCAGCUUCGUCGGUAACGGCAAUGGACGCGCAAUCUGUCUUGGCCGGCUCGUCCCAGCCGCCCAGCACUGAUUUGGCACUACCGACGACUGAAACGGACGAUUUUGAUUUAGAAAAGAUGCUUGGAGAAGACUCUUUGCAGGAUUGGAUAAAUAACUCUAGCGUCAUGCCCGGCGGCGAUACAGGUGAUCCUUUCGAUAGCCUGCAGGAUUUUUUCAUGGGCUCAGCCCCUGAAGGGCUGAGCCAUCCUGACAGCAACACCAACCAGUCGGGAAACGGGGUGGGGACUAGCGGCCAAGCAGAAUCUUCCAGCGCCGAAGGUUCCGAUGGCGCCGUCGAUCGUGACGGUGCCCCGGCUAGUCUCCAAACGUCCGUAAAGGCGCAAAGUUCAGUAAGCGGGAGUAACUCGACAAGUGUCACCCGCCUGAACCAGAAUAUACCAUUGCACGAGGGAUAUUUAAAGCCGCUCGCCAAUCUGAGCGGGCACAACGACAAGGUGAUGACAUGCGCGUUUCAACCGUCUGGAACGAUGAUGGCAUCUGCUGGGCGUGAUCUAAAAGUUCUUGUCUGGCAUGUGGCACCCACUGAGAAUGGUGUGACCGAUGGGAAUAGCCUUGGCGAGCCAAUGAAAAUUGCGCAAUUGGAUGGGCACACUGCUCAGGUUACCAAUGCCAGGUUUAUGAGUUUGGCAAAGAUUUGUGGACCAGAGGCCAAAUCGAUUGUCCCGGAUGAUAUCCCAGUGUUACUGGCGACGAGCAGCGCAGACAGUACUGUUCGAGUAUGGGAUCUGACUCAAAUCAAGGAUAAAAAGAGCGAGGAUGGGACUGGGGUUGCGGAAUUGGUGAUGACGUUUACCGGCCACCAGCGACAAUUGACGAGUGUGGAUUUUUGUCCGGUGGCGGCUGCCCCUGUAGGUGGAGUGGCGGGGAAUAAAAAGCUCAUGAUGUGGGCUGCUAGCUUGGAUGCGGAAGGUAAUAUUUGUGUUUGGGAGGUUUGGACGGGCAAGGUUGUCAAAACUUUUGAGUUGCCAACGGCGGGGAAAGCAUCAAAAUAUUCCGCCUACAAUCCGCUGCGGUUCCGGCAUAACCCAGGUCAGAACUCAAAUCCCAUCUUGGCAGCCGCAUUCGGGACGUCCAUCUACUGCGUGGAACUUCCCAUGUCAGAUACCGCAGGGAUGGCUGGCCAACACAAACUACAUACACUCGAGACACCCCAUCAAAAGAACAUUAUUAGCCUCGACUGGAGCGUCGAUGGCAAUUGGCUGGUAACAGCCUCAGAGGACAAGAUUGUUCUCUGGGACGCACGAAGUAGCGGGGCCAUCAAUAUGGGCAUGGUUGUUGGGGCCGUGAAAGUCGAACCCUUCCGCCUCUUUUCGCAGAUUCCGACUCAAAGCGGCAAAAUCUCCAGCUGCGGCUUCAUCCAAACCCCCUUAUCAACUCCCACUGCCGCUUCACCUACUAGUACCAACCAUACCCACCAUUUAUCCGACAUGCCACCGUCAACACCCCGAACAAACCCUCUCACCCUGCCACCACGCGUGGUGUUUGGAGAGUACGAAACAAUCUACGUAUGGGACGCCCCUGGCGAUGUCUCUACCGGCGGUGGUCGGGCGUGGCAUGGAGGUGGUCUCAAGGUCGUUGCCCUAAAGAGCUGUCAAGCGGGUGUGGUCAGCUGCGUUGCUAGUGGACGGUGGGGAGACUUUUGUGUGCUUGCUAGCGGAAGUCAGAGCAAGGAAGCCAAUUUGAAGGUUUGGAGAGUUGGAUAGAAAACAAGUGUGGUGCGCGGCUUUUGUUACCCAUUUUUUUUUUUGCUCUACGGACUUUAGUCUGGUUGUACAAGGAGCAUGGACGGAGCGAGUUAUUUAGCACAAUUGAUGAUGUGGGGGGGAACUCUGUUACCGACCUUGCCCUCUCCGAACCCUUUUAUUUUCAUUGAUUCUUUUUUUUUUUGUCAUGGACAUUUUCCAAAGAAGUUGUGGUUUUUUUUCAAUUAUUUUUUCAAAUGUAUCGGUUUAUUGUUUUUGUUUUUUGUUAUUGCUGGGGGUUUUGGAGUAGUAGUAUUUUUUCUUUUUUUUUUGGUUUAUUAAAAUAUCAAAAAGUUUUAUU